CGGGCUUUUGAGUUUGUUGACUUGGCAAAGGCAAAGGCAAAGGCAGCGGUUGUAAUAAAUGUGAAUAAAUAGCGUUUGGUUUGGUGAUGUUCAUAAGAGGUGUCUCGGUGAAGUCAAGGUUGGUCUCUUCUGGUCUGUUCUGUUCUUCUACGCAGACACAUAACAUAACACAACGCACCUCUUCUUCUUCUUCUUUCCCUUCAAAUUUCAACUUCUUCAUCCAUUUUGUGCUCCAAACAGCACAAACACUGCAAUCACACCGUCUUCGCUUUCUACUCAUCUAAAAGUGACUUAACCGGUUAUAUUGAAACUUACCUCCAGAUAGAGGUUCAUGGGUUGCUUUGGCUUCUGCAAAGGAGAUGAUAGUGUUACAGUUGCUGACAGAGGACCUUUCAUGCAAAGCACUCCUACUGGGAACCCCAGUUAUCAUGGAAGACACACAGCAGUAACUGCUCCUCGGACUAUAAAUUUUCAACCUAUUGCUGUCCCUUCCAUCACAGUAGAUGAAUUGAAGUCUUUGACAGAUAAUUUUGGCUCAAAAUAUUUCAUUGGUGAGGGUGCAUAUGGGAAAGUAUAUCAAGCCACAUUGAAAAAUGGGCAUGCAGUAGUAAUAAAAAAGUUAGAUUCCAGUAAUCAGCCAGAGCAGGAAUUUCUUUCUCAGGUCUCCAUCGUAUCAAGGCUAAAGCAUGAAAACGUUGUCGAGCUUGUUAACUAUUGUGUUGAUGGUCCUUUCCGUGCCCUUGCCUACGAGUAUGCUCCUAAAGGAUCCCUUCACGAUAUUCUACAUGGACGCAAAGGUGUCAAGGGUGCACAACCUGGUCCAGUUCUCUCAUGGGCUCAGAGAGUUAAAAUUGCUGUUGGAGCAGCCAGGGGACUUGAAUAUCUUCAUGAAAAGGCAGAGAUUCAUAUCAUCCAUCGUUACAUUAAGUCUAGUAACAUACUUCUUUUUGAUGAUGAUGUUGCAAAGGUUGCUGAUUUUGAUUUGUCAAAUCAAGCCCCUGAUGCAGCAGCACGUCUUCAUUCUACUCGUGUUCUUGGGACCUUUGGUUAUCAUGCUCCAGAAUAUGCAAUGACUGGACAACUCACUUCAAAAAGUGAUGUUUAUAGCUUUGGAGUUAUACUGCUGGAACUCUUAACGGGGCGUAAACCAGUGGAUCAUACACUGCCACGAGGACAGCAAAGCCUUGUGACUUGGGCAACACCAAAGCUUAGUGAAGAUAAGGUGAAGCAGUGUGUUGAUGUUAGACUAAAGGGAGAGUACCCUUCAAAAUCAGUUGCAAAGAUGGCUGCUGUUGCUGCAUUGUGUGUGCAAUAUGAAGCUGAGUUUCGACCAAAUAUGAGCAUUAUAGUGAAAGCUCUACAGCCUCUACUGAAUACUCGUUCUGUUCACUCAAAGGAAGCACCCAAGAUGUAAUAAAAACAUGUAAAUUCCAAAAUCAUUCAUUUCUUCUUUCAGACUGGAGUGCGUUGACCAAUUGUCCUUGUGACACGUGUCAGUAUUACAUAAUCUGAAGCAUAUAGUAUUAAAGUAUAUUUUGCGUUAUUAUAUUUGUAUCUCAACUAAGCAUGUUAUAGCUGAUAUAAAAAAAAUAGUGAUGGUAGGUGGCAAGAGCCUAUCAUAGAUGGUUAAGUUUAUGGUUUGAAUACUUAUUAAUUUGUAUUUGUUUGUUUGUUUUUCCUAUAAGCCGUGUACAAGUGAAUUUAUAAUAUUACUUGUCAUGUACAUCACAUGUCUAGUUGCUUUACUAUUUCAAAGAGAGGUUUCUUCUCAA